UGGUACGCCGCGUCUUUUCUCGCGACGCGAGUUGCGACAACCGAAUAAAUUUAUUUUGGGUUAUUUGAUCCUUUUUAAUGGCUGCCGUAUAACGACUGAAUGUGUACUUAAAUCAAACAUGAGUGAUUAUUCUUCUAUGGCUACGCUUCAAAACAAUAGCCAACCGGCGGGAUUUGCGGCUGCUCUACAACGUGCUAAAUUGGUUGCUGCUAAAAUCGAGGGUGGUGGUAGCAAGAGACCUUUGGAAGACGGACCAGAGCCGAGCGCAAAGAAAUUGGCUUCGAUUGACCCGGCAUAUCAACAACAACACGCAGCAAUGAGUUCAUCAUCGGCGGCGGCGGCUGCUGCAGCGGCAGCGGCGGCUGCGGCGCGCAUCGCCGCGGCAAACCCCACACCACCAGCCCAGGCCCCACCCGGCCUGAUGCAGGACCAGACUCUCAAUGAGUACAUCCGGGUGCCGGACAAGAUGGUUGGCUUGAUUAUCGGUCGCGGCGGUGAGCAGAUCACCCGAUUGCAAGCGGAGUCCGGUUGCAAGAUCCAAAUGGCUCCCGGCUCCGGCGGUCAGCCGGACCGCGUGUGCACUCUCACUGGCUCCAGGGAAGCCAUCGCUCGUGCCAGGGAACUUGUGAACCAAAUAGUGAACCACCGCGGGCGAGAGAACGCGCCUCAACACGACGGGCCCGGCAUGGGCAUGGGCAUGGGCGGGGGUGACAUGGGCAGCCCGCCCAUGCAGAGGGGCGGCGGCGGCGGCGGUGGCGGCGGCGAAGUGAUGCUACCCGGUCCCAAAGUGGGUCUGAUCAUCGGCAAGAACGGCAAGACCAUCAAACAGCUGCAGGAACAGUCUGGCGCCAAGAUGGUCGUCAUCCAGGACGGACCCAACACGGAAUAUGAGAAGCCCCUACGUAUCUCAGGCGACCCGAGCAAGGUGGAGCACGCUAAGCAGCUUGUGUUCGAGCUGUUAGCUGACAAGGAUGCCGGUGGCGGCGGCGGCGGCGGCGGCGGCCGACAGUACGACGACGUGUAUUCACCCCAAGACCAGGGCAACCACAUGGGCGGCAACCAAACUGAGGUAUUAGUACCAAAAAUAGCCGUGGGCGUUGUGAUCGGGCGCGGCGGAGACAUGAUCAAGAAAAUCCAGGCGGAAACCGGAUGCCGAGUGCAAUUCCACCAAGAGAGAGACGACGGGCCUGGAGAUAAGAGAUGUUACCUACAAGGCAAACCUCACCAAGUGGACCAAGCGCGUCAAAUGAUUGAAGAUUUAAUCGCCAGCGUCAACAGGCGGGAUCAAGAAGUGAGAUCCGGGCGCGGUCGCGGCGGCUCCGGGCAGCGUAACGGCGACCGUGGGGACUUCCAGCAGUGGCAGGACCAGGAGAUACGCGUCACCUUCACCGUGUCUAACCUGAAGUGUGGACUCAUCAUCGGCAGAGGCGGCGAAGUAAUAAAACAGAUUAACGCGCAAUCGGGCGCGCACUGCGAGCUAGACCGACGCGCACAGGGCGCGGAUCGCAACAACCGCACCUUCUACAUCCGCGGACACCCAGACGCGGUUGAACACUGCAAACGGAUCAUCAUGGAGAAAGUUGGCAUGCCGGUGAACUUCAUCCAAGAGGGCGGCAAUGGCGGCGGCGGCGGCGGCAGCAACAACGGCAACGGAAAUGGCGGUGGCGACUACUACGGCGGCGGAGGCCCGCAGGGCGCCGCCUGGGGCUACAACCCGCACUGGCACCAACCCAACAACCAGCCGCCACAGCAGCAACAAGUGAACAUCAACCCGAGUACAGGCCAGCCCGACUACUCGCAACAAUGGAUCGACUACUACCGCUCGCUGGGGCUCAUGAGAGAAGCGGAGGCGAUAGAGCAGCAGGCGAAACAACAGCAGCAAGAGCAGCAGGCGAAACAACAGCAGCAAGGAGGAGCCGGCAACGGCGCGGGCGGGCCGCCCGGCGCCGCGCCCGGGCCCGCGCCCUCGCCGGCCCCGGCCGCCGGCGCCGACUACAGCGCGCAGUGGGCCGAGUACUACCGCAGCAUCGGCAAGCUCAAGGAGGCCGAGGCCAUCGAGCAGCAGAUCAAGAUGAAGCAAGGGCAGGCGGCGCCGGGCGGAGCGGCCGCGCCGUCCGCGCCCGCGCCGGCCGCCACCCCGCCCGCGGCGGGCGGCGUCAUGCCGCAGCAGUACCAGUACCCCGGCUACCCCGUGCAGGCCUACCCGCCUUACCAGCCCUACCAGUUCCAGCAGCAGCCCGACCACCAGCAGUGAACAGGGCGCGGCGCACCGAUCACCGACGAGAGGACACUUCAUUCUAGACUGUAAGGCCUGUCCACACUAAGCGACUAAAGUCACAACGCCACAGAUAAUAUUACAGGGAUCGCGUAAAUCUGAGUCCAAACUAGAGACACAAUUACUAAUUGCUAUGUAAUCAAGCCAAGUUUUAAAGAAAAAUGGCGUCGCUUUUGCCGCUCAGCUAGGAUAAUCGGCCAAUAACCUUAAGCCAAACCUCGACGACUAAUUCAGAAUGCCCACAACAAAUAAAACGGCACAGUAAAUAACACGUCUAAGACAUAUCAAGCAUUUAUUUCUUGUGGGUCAACCUAUGUUAAAUCAUGAGAUUACCGGUAUUAUUUAACUGUGUACAUUUCGGCUGUGUGGUCUAUAACGUGAACGUUCUAGAAGUGUAUUUGUAUGUUGACUGAUGUGCCAGUUUGUCCAGGAUAGACCCACACUGCCUUUUAUAUGAGACAACAGCUGGAGCUAUAAGAGAAAGCAAAGCGUAGAGAACCGCCAGCCUCGCGCCGCUGCGGAUAUCGAGGUAACAGUUUGAAUAGUAUGUCUAUCUCAUGUCUUUUACGUGUUAUAUAUUAAUAUGUACAUUCUAGAUUCAAAUCAAUUUAAAUCUACGCUCCGUUCAAGCGUUACAUAGUUUAGGUCAAUCGGAAAAUCUCCUUUCGAUUUCAUAAUUAUGUCUUAGCAAGUAAGUUACGAUUGUGAAUUAAUGCUCCUUCUCGAUUUAGGGCUCACGUCGUCGGAUUAAAAAUAAACAUACAUAUUUUAUGUAUUUAUUUCGAUUAAAAAAUUAGCUUUGAAUAAUGGAGAUUCGGUGUUAGUGUAAAGAAGGUAAUGUAAGUUGAACUACAUUCCUUUAUAAAAUUGUUCAAUUCUAUACUUGCGUGAGCUGCGCUCCGUUCGUUCCGUAAAAAGCGUUCUAUAGCAAACUCACUAUUGGUAGAAUCAAAUACAUGAAUUUAAUAUGUGAAUGGAUUAAACCCAGUAUAAUAGUUUGCUAUACAACGCUCUGUAUGGUCAGCAAAAGGAGCUAUACUCCGGCGCGAUCGCUUCACGGGAUAACCCCGAGUCAAUGUAUUAAUAUUUAAGAUAUAAAGUGUAUGUUGAUUGA